AUGAUACUUCAAGAGGUUAAUAAAAAAAAUUAUUUUUAUUGUAUUAAUAAAUAUGGGUAUUUGAAACGUACCUUUUAUAGUUAUAAGAAUAUAAAAUUUUAUAAAAAAAAUAAUAUAUAUAUAAACGAAUAUGAAAAAAAUAAAAGUAUCAUUUACAAGGACAUAAGUAUAGGUAUAUCUAGAGAAUAUUUUAAUAAUAAAAGAUAUUAUAAUAAACAAAUAAUAAAUAGUAUAGAUAAAAUUAAUAAUAUAUUUAUUACUCCUAUUGGUAUAUCAAAAUGUUUAACAAGCAAUAAUUAUACGACAAGCCAUGAUAUCAUUAAAGGAGUUAAUAAUAUAUUACCCAAUUGUGAUAGUAUUAAAAAAAAAAAAACAAAAAACAAACAAGAAGAAGAAGAACAAAAUAAAGAAAAUAAAGAAAAUAAAGAAAAACAUAACAGCAAUAACAAUAAAAAUAUUGUGUGUGAUGAACCAACAGAAGGUUCAAUUAACAAACAAAAUGAAGAAAUAAUUAAAAAUACAAAUAAUAAUAUUAAUAAUAGUAUUAAUAAUAAUAUUAAUAAUAAUAUUAAUAAUAAUACAAGUGAACCCAUUGAUAUGAUAAAUAUUUUAAAAAAAAAAAAAAUUAUAGUAAAUGAAAAAGAAACUAAAAUAAUCAAAUUAUGUAAUAAAGGUAAUAAAGCUUUAAAAUGUAUUUUAUCAAUUUUUAAAAAAACAUGUAGUCAAUUAAAAAUUAUUAUAUUACAACCUUCUAUAUUAAAAGUUUAUUAUGAAUCUAUAAAAAAAAAUAUAAAACAUACUAUUGUAUGGGUAAAAACAGGUAUACUAUUAUUUUUAACAAAUAUGAAAAUAUCAAAAAAUUUAAUUAUUAAAAGAUUGAAAGGUUAUAGAUUAUCUUAUUCAGAAUAUAAAUUAUUAAUUAGAACUAUGAAUGAUAUGUUUAAAUUAAUACCCUUCUCUUUUUUUAUAAUAAUACCAUUUGCUGAAUUUUUGUUACCCAUAUUUUUAAAAAUAUAUCCUAAUCUUUUACCUUCCACUUUUAAAAACGAUGAUAAUUUUAAUAAUAUCAAAAAAAAUUUAUAUGCUAAAGAACAACUAGCCAAAUUUUUACAACAACUUAUAGAAGAAAAAGAAAAACAACUCAAUGAAAAUAUAGGAAUCGAUUCAGAUAAAAAAAAAAACAUUCUAAAUAAAUUCCAUCAACAAUUAAUUAAUAAAGAUGAAAAAGAUAUCAAUCCUUUUCUUAGUGUUAAUGAUACUUUAAAAAUUGCUAAAAUUUUUAAAGAAGAUUUUGUAUUAGAUCAAAUGAACCUAAAAACAUUACAAACAAUUUGUCAUCUCUUAGGAUUGAAACCAUAUGGUAUACAUUAUCAUGUUGUAUUGCAGUUGAGACACCAUUUUUUAAGACUACAAAGAGAAGAUCGAGAAUUAAUAUAUGAAGGAGUUGAUAAUUUAAAACAUAACUCAUUAGUAGAAAUAUGUAAAGAUAGAGGAAUGAACUUUAAUACAACCGAAAAAGAAAUGAAAGUUCAAAUCCAACAAUGGUUACAACUAGCUAGUAUUAAAGAAGUUCCUUAUAUUCUUCUUUUAUAUAUUAGAUGUGUAGUUGUAACACAUGCCAUCAUGGAUAUACAUGACGAACAAAAAAAAAAUGAAAACAAACAAAACAUAAACAACAACAACAACAACAAUAAUAAUAAUAAUAAUAAUAAUGAUAAUAGUUCUGAUAAUAAUAAUAAUCAUGCUAAUUCAUCAAACAUAGAUGAUAAACAAAAACUCAUACAAGAAGCUAAAGAAAAAUUAGAUGAUUUGAAAAUGAAAGAACAAGAAAUUAAAAAAAAUAUUAACAAGCAAACAGACGAAGAGGAAUUACACAAUAAGGAGAAUAAUGUUAAGGUUGAUUUUGUUAAAAAAAAUAAAUAUAUGCAAAAUGAGUUAAAUAUGUUGAAGCGUAUAUGUGACUUGCAGCACAAAGAACUUAAAAUUGCCUUUACCUCCUUAACAGAACUAGCCGAAAAAAAACAAUCAUGCGACAUUAACCAACUAAUAAAAAAUAUGUCCCAAAGAUUGCUAGAUAUUGAAAAACACAUCAGCGAACUGAAUGUACAUAAGCAAGUGGAAAUGGAUGAAUAUUUUUAUCCAGAGGAUGAAAAAACUGACGAUUCUUUGAAUGCAAAAAAUUAA